AUGGCGCCUCGCGGACGUGGAGGGAAGUUCAGCAAGCCAACGAGAGGAGGAGGCAAGCACUUCAGCCGAGACCUGCAGCCGUUGGAUAAGAAUGGAGACCCGAUAGGCAUGUGGAGGGAGGACAAGGACGUAGAGUCUGAGGAGGAAGAGGAAGAAGAGGAAGACUCUGAGGAGGAGUCCGAGGAAGACGAUGAUGAGGGUCCAGCUAAAGAAGAGAUGACCCGUGAGCAGCGCAAAGCUGCCGCAAAAGCCAGAAAAGAAGCCGCCAUUCGCAAGAAGCGACAAGUGGCAGCUGAGCCGGGAGACCUACCUCCCAGUGACAGUGAAGAGGACGAGGACGACGACAUGCCAGCCAACCCUAACCACACUGCUAAAGCCCGUAACCAGGCGGCCAAGGCAGCUACCGCUCCAGCCGACGGAGCCGCCGCAGCUGCAAAAAAGGGGGAUGCCUCACAGCUUUCCCGCAGAGAGCGGGAGGCUCUACAAGCCCAGCAGGCGCGUGAGAGAUACCUGAAGCUGCACUCUGAGGGCAAGACGGAUGAGGCUCGUGCCGACCUGGCUCGUCUGGCCAUUAUCCGUGAACGUCGUGAAGCCGAGAAGGCCCGCAAGGAGGCUGAGAAGGAAGAACGUGAAGAGCGUGAGCGUGAGAAGGCCCAGGAACGAGAGGCCAGAGAGGCUAAGCUGAGAGCUGCUGCUUUGGGACCAGCAGCUGGCAAGAAGAAGGGCAAAAGCAAAUAA